GGAGCAAUCUUAUUUAUUCAAGAAGAUUUGAAAAUAACAGAAGUGCAACAAGAAGUUCUUGUUGGUGUAUUGAGUAUAAUUUCACUUUUGGGUAGCUUAGCUGGUGGAAGAACAUCAGAUGCAAUUGGGAGAAAGUGGACAAUGGGGUUAGCUGCUGUUAUUUUUCAAAUAGGUGCAGCUGUAAUGACCGUUGCUCCUUCGUUUGAAAUACUAAUGGUAGGAAGGAUUUUAGCUGGAGUUGGCAUUGGCUUUGGUGUCAUGAUUGCACCUGUCUAUAUAGCUGAGAUAUCGCCAACUGUUGCUAGAGGCUCGCUCACAUCAUUUCCUGAGAUUUUCAUAAAUCUAGGAAUUUUACUCGGUUAUGUAUCCAACUAUGCGUUCUCCGGUCUUUCCGCACAUAUAAGCUGGCGGAUAAUGCUUGCUGUUGGAAUUCUUCCCUCAGUCUUUAUCGGAGUUGCUCUCUUCAUCAUCCCCGAGUCACCUAGGUGGUUGGUCUUGCAGAACCGAGUCGACGAAGCAAGGUCAGUGCUAAUGAAAACAAAUGAAAACGAGUCAGAAGUUGAGGAGAGACUAGCCGAGAUACAACUAGCUGCUGGAAGCACAAACACAGACAAAUAUGAAGAGAAACCCGUUUGGCGUGAACUUUUGACGCCCUCUCCUGCUUUACGUAGGAUGCUGAUCACAGGUAUUGGAAUUCAAUGUUUCCAACAGAUUACUGGAAUUGAUGCUACUGUUUACUACAGUCCUGCAAUUUUCAAAGCAGCUGGUAUUGAGGAUGAAUCAAAACUUCUCGCUGCUACGGUUGCUGUGGGAGUCAGCAAAACAGCAUUUAUACUAAUAGCUAUCAUUCUCAUUGACAAAGUAGGGCGAAAGCCAUUGCUCUAUGUGAGCACAAUUGGUAUGACUACAUGUUUGUUUGGCGUGGGGAUUACUCUCAUUUUAUUGAAACAAGGAUCAAUUAGCAUCGCGCUAGCAAUACUAUUUGUUUGUGGGAAUGUAGCAUUCUUCUCAGUGGGCAUCGGUCCAGUCUGUUGGGUUUUAACAUCAGAAAUCUUUCCCUUAAGGCUACGUGCUCAAGCGUCAGGGCUCGGGGCAGUAGGUAAUAGAAUGUGCAGUGGCCUGAUCGCAAUGUCUUUUCUAUCUGUUUCUCGCGCAAUUACUGUUGGUGGAACUUUCCUAAUCUUUUCAGUAAUCUCUGCACUGUCUGUUGCAUUUGUCUAUAAACACGUUCCAGAAACGAAAGGCAAGUCGUUGGAGCAGAUUGAGUUGUUGUUUCAGGAUGAAUACGUGUUACAAGGAGGUGAAGUGCAACUUGGAGAUGUUGAACAUCUAGUCCAGAAGUAGUGGUCUUUGGAGAGUUCCGAUUAGAGCUGAAACAAAGCCCUUUCUAUUAUUUACACCAGCUUUGAGUGGUGAAUAUUUGGAGAUUAUUUCAUGUGGCUACUUGCAAAUGCCACUACAGCUUUCCCCUUUGAACCAUUGGAGGAGAACGGGAGAUCACACGACUGAAAAACUGAUGUUUGGGAUAGGAAAUGUAACUCUAUUUAUUGAAAGACAUCAUGUUGGAUAUAUUUCAAAAUAUCUAUUGGUUUAUUGGUUAAAUGAAAAGAUGAGGGUUACUUCUUUGGCUGCAAACUUAACAACACUGUUUAUGCAAAUGAUUUAUGUUAGAACCAAAGAAUAUUCUAUUGUUUCCUUUUCAUUUGGAGCCAAAUA